AAAUUAUGCUCAGGUACUCAAAAAAGAGUAAACAAUGCAGUAACUUCAGGUGCCUUGAGGUGAAACUAUAUACGAAGCCGUACACAAUACGAGCUUUAAAUUGAUAACUUACCGUCGCAAGUGUAAUUCUAUUAGGUCAUCCUAUAAUUCGAGUCUAAAAAGUGUGUUAUCACGAUAAUGGCUAGUUCUUCGAAAGCUGGUUCUAAUCGUGUAUUUGGCGCUUAUGAAUACAACGAUCACACCAAGUAUUACGGUCAGUGGAGUAAAGACGGUCUAAAGCAUGGAUUUGGUCAUUUAAUUCUACCUGACUCGACCAGAUACGAUGGAUCUUUUUCCAAAGGCUUGUUCAACGGAUUGGGAGUGUUACGAUUUCCAGAUGGUGCUAGAUACGAAGGUGAAUUUAUACAUGGAUGGUUUCAUGGUUACGGGGUUUUCUGGAGAGCUGAUGGAAUGAAAUAUGAAGGCGAAUUUAGUGGAGGCAAAGUAUGCGGGCAUGGUUUGGUAACAUACAGAGAUGGUAACCAUGGAUUUCCCCGAAACGAAGGUGUUUUCAUGAAUUGUAGAAUGAUUAAUCGUAAAAAUUGUCCCGAUGUGAUUGAAAAAGCUCGUUCGAUGUCAAAUUCGGCACGAACGCUGAUACAGCAAAAUACCAAGAAGUAUCAUUCAUCAAAGUAGAAGAAACCGAAAUGUUUUCGAAGUAGAGAUAUUUUUCGUGAUUUUUUAUUCAAUUUUCCGUAUCGUUAAUUUAAACAGCUGCUAGUCUCAGAAAGAUGUUGUAGACUUCGUAGUUGAUUUUCAAUGUUUAUAAUUCGAGAUGUGUCGAGUAGGUUUAUUUUAAUAGAAUUUGUGUUCAUUUACCUACUAUAAAUUUUUUACGCGUGUUACAAGAUGGAUAUUUUUUUGGACGAUGAUUUUUGUGAAAAAUUAGAUCAUGGUAGGGUUUUAAAUUCGAAAAUUGGGAAAUGAAAAUUUUUUCCAUGUUUUGGAACCCCUGAGAGCAUAAAUUUCGAAAUGUUUGAUGCCUACUUGAAUAUGAUCUCCCUUUUUUUCUACUUACCUAACCAUAAGAGAGUAAAGGGGGGGGGGAAGCUUGACAAAAAAAUCAAGCUGAAAUUGAAAAUCAGCACCUCAAAAAAUCUAACUAAUCUUAAGCCACACAAAUUUUUUCGAAACAUUUUUUCAAAAUUUUGGGGGCUAAUUUUGAGGUAUAGAAGGCUUGUAUCAAAAAUGUUGGUUGAAAUUUAAAAUCAUCACCCCUGAAAGCCCUACAAACCAUAGAUCACUCGAAUUCUGCCAAUUUUUUAAAAUUUUACAGGUUCAUUGUGGGGCAUAGAAGGCUCGAGUCAGAAAAGUAAAUCGAAAUUCGAAAUCAGCACCCCUGAAAAUAUAACAAACCAUAGGUCACGCAAAUUUUAUCAAUUUUUUCCAAUUUUGGGACCUCAUUCUUGGAUCUAAGGGGCUCGUACUGAAAAAGUAACUCGAAAUUCGAAAUCAGCGUUAUCGAAAACGUAACAAACGAUAGGUCACACGAUUUUUGAAUUUUUUCUUCAUAUAUCCAAAUUGGGAUGGGGGGGGGUCUUGAUUUUUUUUAAUUUUAUGAAAUUCGAGGAUCUAUUGUACUACUUGGGAGUCUCUUAUCGAAAAAUUGACUUGAAAUUCGAAAUUAGCGCCUUCAAAAACCAAACAAACCACAGGUCACACAAUUUUUUACAUUUUUUUGGAUAUUUGGCCAUUUGGGGUCUUAUUGUAGGGCGUAGGAGGCUCGUAUCAAAAAAAUAAGUUGAAAUUCGAAAUCAGCGACAUUGAAAACCUCACAAACGAUAUGUCACAUGAUAUUUGAACUUUUUUCAAAAUUUGACCAAGGUUAGGGGUAGGGGAGGGGGGAGAAAAUGCCAAGCCCAGAGAAAAAGUCCGCCGCAAAGUACUCACAUUUCUAAACGUCUUUCAUGAAAUAUUGCAUGAUGAAUGCUUUUGAAAAAGUUUCAAAAAUUGAUCCCCAUGGAAGAGUGGGAGAGUCAUGGUUGGAGGGGGGGGGGGGAGAAAAAUUCAACGGUAGAAUCUCAAGAGUUAACGGUUAUCAAAUCGAGAGUCAGCACAUCUGAAAACCUAGAUUUCAACAAUCUGCGACUUUUUUCAAUGGUUUCAAAUCGUGUCAUUUCUACCCAAAUUUCAAUAUUGUGACGGUUUGUGGAACACUACCCCCCCCCCCCUCCUCCAACACCUCAAUUUGAACAAAUUUUGAAGAAAAAAUUUAACAAUCGUGUGACAUAUCGUUUGUUAGGUUUUCGAUAGCGCUGAUUCCGAAUUUCAACUUACUUUUUUGGUACGAGCCCCCUAGGCCCUGCAAUGAGGUCUCAAAAUCGUAAAAAAUUGACAAAAUUUGUGUGACCUAUCGUUUAUCAGGUUUUCAGGGGUGCUGAUUUCGAAUUUCAAAUUAUUUUUUUGAUACAAGCUCUCUAUGACCCAAAAUGAGCCUCCAAAAUUUCAAAAAAUUGAAACAAUUUGUGUGACCUUGGCCAUUUUUAAAAAAUUGGGGCCCAAAAUCUCAUCAAAUCGGGGAAAAAAUGAAAAAUCAACACGUGACCUAUCAAUGUGGGUUGAAAUUUCGAAAAAAAAACAAAAAUACCGGUGAAUUUCUUUUUUGACCAUUUUCAAAAAAAUUGGGGCCCAAAAUUUCAUCGAAUUGAAGAGAAAAUGAAAAAUCAACAUGUGACCUAUCAAUGUGGGUUGAAAUUUCUCAAGGAAAACAAAAAUGCCAAUGAUUUCAUUUUUUGACCGUUUUCAAAAAAAAUAGGGUCCAAAAUUUCAUCAAAUUUGGAAAAAAUUGAAAAAUCAACACGUGACCUAUCAAUGUGGGUAGAUAUAUCGCGAAAAAGAAAACCAUGCCGGUGAUUUCCUUUUUUGACCAUUUUCAAAAAAAAAAAUGGGGCCCAAAAUUUCAUCAAAUUGGGGAAAAAAUGAAAAAUCAACACCAUGACCGAUCAAUGUGAGUUGAAAUUCGGCGAAAAAGACCAAAAUGCAAGUGAACUUUUUUUUGACCAUUUUCAAAAAAAAAUUGGGGUCCAAAAUUUUUUCAAAUUUGGGAGAAAUUUAAAAAUUGAACACGUGACCUAUCAAUGUGGGUUGAAAAAUUCUGCGAAAAAGAGCCAAAAUGCAAGUGAACUUUUUUUUGACCAUUUUCAAAAAAAAAAUUGGGGCCCAAAAUUUUUUUAAAAUUGGAAGAAAUUUAAAAACCAACAUGUGACCUAUCAAUUUGGGUUGAAAUUUCGCGAGGAAAACGAAAAUGCGAGUGAUUUUCUGUUUCGACCACCUCCAAAUAUUUUAGGUCCCUAAAUUUCAUCAAAAUUGAAAAUAAAAAUGGGAAAAUCAACACGUGUCCUUGGCAGGAGCUAGACAUGCCUUUUAAAACCUCUAAGGGAAUAGUUUUUGACCACUUGAUCUUCUCAUUUCAAGUUCUCCAAUUCGAACAAGUAAACAGAUACUUCCAAUUCCUAUCUCUUCCUGUGCUCAGAUUAUUUUGAAAUGAUUCAAAUUGACAAUUUAAGCCAGGAAAUGACAAAUAGGUACAAACGCGCAACUCAAGUUGACGCUGAAGAUUCUCGAAAUAUCAAACAGCUAUGUACCUACCUACCUACGUAUCUCAACAGAUACCAGGCAAUCGUCUUCUAAGUACAAAUAUUACGUCAAACUACGUAUACCUAAUGCAUACAAAGACAAUUCUUUCAACAUUAUGAUAAUCAGUUACCCAUAACUUAACAUGGAUCGUAUUUUAUAUGUACAAAGUUGUAUAUUUAUCUGUUCCUCCGAACUGGGAUUUUACUGCAGUAAAAAAAUUGCACGUAUUUUCAUAAUAUAUUUUUUUCUACCUACGAGUACCUACUACAACAUGCAUUUGCAUAGGUGUAUCUACACAAAUAAACAUAAAUAGACAUUUAUAAAUACGAAUAAACGAACCAAUACAAUGCAAAGCAGUCGUUUUCACGCACGAGUAUUACUACUUAGAUAUCAUAUUAUCCUUGAAAAGCGUUACUUUCUUCACCUACGUGAACAUUUUCCAACUCGAUCGAGUUGACUGUUGCAUGUAUCGUUAAACAAUUCGAAUCGUCGUCUAUUCUACUACAGUAAUAUUCCACAAGUAGACAGAAAAACAACCGGUAAAUUUAAUGAACUCGUACUCCAACCAGUCAAAUAUGUGAUAGGGUUAGGUAUCGGGUAAUUUUAAUGUAAAAAGUACACAUACGAGAUUAUAGUCAUUGUAGUGAUAACGUGUAAGCGUACUGCAGUAAUCAUUCUUCAAGUGCAAUUUAUACAAUUCGUGUAUUAACGAGGAUUAUUCGCGUUCGGUGUUCGGUGCUAAAAUUAGAUUGUGCAUUUUCGUAUCAUUUUUUUAAACUAUUAAAUUUUUCGUCGAAGAAAUUAUAAAAACGUGCUCGUUGACAUAGAAAUAUCAAAUAUAACGCGUACCUACGUAAACGGAUGACACACCUAUUUGCACCCAAGACAGGAUUUAUCAAGUGUACAGCUGAGUUCAUAAGCAAUUUUUUUCUUUUUCCACGUUGCAUCGAAAUUAACGAGAGUUUUCAAGAAUGAUUCGUUUUCUCGUCCUAUUAUUCUGCUGUUUGGUCGGAGCACAAUCAAAGUGUUUUCGUGGCCCUUCUGGCAAAUUACCCGCAGGAUGCGCAGUUGGAAAUUUAACCGUCGCUCCAUAUUCUUCGCAGGAGGAGAUCAUCAAAUAUAUGAAAUGUAAUGGUUCAGCCGAUUCGAUGUUUUUCAAUCACACCCCUCAGUCCGUUGGUUUCCAAAGCAUGGCGACUUCAGCACCAGCAUAUUUGAUAGCUGCAGUAGAUCUUACCUCAAAAAGCGUAAUGUGGAUUGUGUCGAACUUAACUGUGGCGAACAACUGGAAAUUCUAUCCUUCUGCCAGCCCACGUUACACUAAUGAGAUUAUUCCCUGGAAAAAGCCAUCUUUUAGCGCGUAUUCUCCCCAGCACGUGAUCGAAUUUCUCGUCUUCGAAGAAUAUCGUAAUUCCUCUUGGAGCACGUAUCAUAAUUACACCUAUUUAUACACGCCACCGUUCAACCUCUCAUCUUGGAUACAAUCUCAAUCAACCACCGGAAUCUCUCUUUGCGGACCCGUAGCAGGAGGAAGUGUCGUAGGUAUCCUGCACUCUCCAGCUCCAGGUCCAGGUCCAACAUCGAGACCAGGACCAGGUGGCUCGACUCCGUAUAAGCCUCCUCCUCCUGCUAAUCAUCAUCAUCAUAAAAGCACUAAGGGCAAUUCUAAUCGUAAUUUAGUUAACGGAGCGUUACUAGUUGGAGUGAUUUUUGUUUAUAAGGUUUUGGCGUUUUAAUGGCCUUUUUUUUAAAAACUGAAUUAUUCGGAUCUCCUGGUCUUCUAUGUAUAUAAUGAUGAAUUUGUGUUUUAUAAUGUACCGUAGUCCUUAAGUGAUGUUGAAAAAUUAUUUAUAUAAUACGAUAUAAUAUGCGCGAUGUACUACAUACUUUUUAGUUACCUGUGAUUUUUUUUAUACUUACUAGGUAUUUUUAUGAAUUUUAUUUAAUUUUGCUCACUUUGUAUUAUGUAAUAAAUCGAUCAUCGAUGAA